AUGCAGCUGUAUGUACGAAAUUGUGCCCUGUGCAAAGCCGGACAAUCAGAAAAUCGAAGAACUCAGCACUGUUCGUUGGAUCCAGAAAUUAAUCCCUACCGGAGAUUUGAUGAAGUGCGACAAUGCGACUUCUGUACAAAAGAUCAUGAGCCCCAUCAAUGCAAGGAAUCCAAGGCAAACGCGUGUAGUAAUUGUGGUCAUGGAUGGCAUGACAAGCGUGAAUGUAUGUUAGAUCAGAGUUUUGACUCUCAUCUUGAGCAAUUCACUCUCCCUAAAUACAGAACUGCCAGCCAGAUUCAAAAAGCACGGCCAGAGUCUCGGAGGGAAGAGCGUAGAGAUAAUUACAAUAAAAAAUUCAAGAAAGGACGCUACGCACAGUCCCCGCCUUCUACGACAUUGACAUCUACUCCCUCGAAAUCCGGCACAUCUGAGACCGGCACAUCAGCAUCCUGCUCUAAGAAAUAUAAUCCUCUGGCACCUAUUCUCUCAGCGUCUAGUCCCGCAGCACCUGGCUCGUCUACUAAUCAGUCUAGACCCAAUAAGAGUCUGCCAAGCGAAUCAAGUCAACCACAUCAGACAAGCCAGGCCUCGGGUCAACCCCAAAGUCAAACUCAAAGUCAACCAUCUUCAGGUGAUGGAGUUGAAGAUCGAAGCGAAGAGAAGACAGAGGCGGAGAUAAGGAAGGAAAAUUGUGAAAAGUGGACGGGGGCAAGUCUUCGCCUCGCUGGAUAUCCUUCUAAUAAUCAACUCCCAGCUUCUGGCAACAACAGAAUUAGGGCAAAUUUCCUGGAAGUCAGAAUCACGGACCCUACCAUCAACCUUCGAAGGUACCGUGUAGAAUUCGGAAAGAUGCCAAACCGUGACGGAGAUGGCAUUAUCACAUAUAGGUCCAUCGUGAAACCCGACUUGAAGAGAGCGAUGAUCAACCAAAUGCUGGCUGCAAAUCCUCCAGCUACAUUCUAUGCCACUGAUUUCUUUUGCUACAUAAUCUCGGUUGGAAGACUUUACCCUGAUUGUGGCGAUGCUAUAGGCAAUGCUGUUACCAGAGAUCACCAGCUAACCUCUGCGGACCCAACUUUAGCUCCGCUAUUCAUAUCAACAAGUCUUAUCUACGAACGUAUUGUCAACCUUGCCGAGUUAAGGCGUUUUGUAAACCGUGUUCCUGAAAGGGAUAUGACCUACCACCCUGGUGAAGAUCUCAAGUCUUUAAACAUUAUAUCUUGGCAGAUGAUAUUUCCGGAUACCUUUCGGGGGGGUCGAUUGGGAAAUAAGUUCUACCCUGAAAGCGCUCCAUACUCUACCGUGAAUAAUACCCAAAAGCGCCAGAGACCGCUAUGGGAUCUCUGUGACGGAUUCUUCAGCUCCAUGCGCCCUGGGGAUGGUAGAUUGCUUCUCAACUUGAAUUGCACAACGUCGGCAUUUUUUCAUCAAUGUCUGCUUGAGGAUUGGAUCUCGGCUAAGUUCGGAUUGCCGUUACCAAAUUCUGCAAAUGUGAUUAGAGAGUUGAGAGGUGUCAAGGUCACAUUUAAAGGGGAUCCUAAAACUCCCAAGAAGAAAUGGUCUGUAACCGGCAUCGACGGUCAACCUGUCGGCGUGAAAACCUUUACCAAAGAUAAUGGGCAAUCUAUCACUGUUUGGCAACAUAUGACCAAUACAUAUCCUACGCAUCAGCAAGGUUGUAUUCAGAACGCUUGGUGUGUCAAUGUAGGAAGUACCAUUCCAGGAAAAAAAGGAAUAUGGUACCCAGCAGAUAUGCUUGAGAUUUGCUUGUGGCAGCCCGCUGGAAAAAAGGCCGGCAUAGAAAUAACCCAGCAAAUGCUGACUUUGGCAACUAAGACACCACUAGUCAAUCAAGCCAAUCUCAGGGACACUGCCAUGCCUCUCCUCGGUCUACCACCAUCACCUGACCAUUACCGUGCAUUUGGGCUUGACGUUCAACCCGGUUUUCUAUCGCUGGAUAGAGUUCGACAAUUGCCCCCCCCUGAGCUGAAGUUCGGUCAUGAUUUUACUGUGAGAACGGCUCGGGCCAAUCCAGCAGGUUGGAACCUUAACGAGGUUGCAAAUGAUCCUAAUCGUAAUGAUCGAGGCUUUGCUGUAAUUGGCAAUCCAUAUCCUGUCCUCUAUUUGAUCUAUAUUAAUAAAAACCCUCAAAAUCUGGUGCCUCCGACAAGAGCGACUCAGUUCGCAGGCGUUUUAUGUGCCGAUCUCCCCCGCUACGGUUUUUCUACAGGAAAUAGUGCAAGCUUCAUAGAGAAUGCUCCGAUAUCAGCGAUUGCAAAUCCUAGUGCGAGGCGCGCAGCGUUCAGUGCUACGUUGGAUCGUGCAGUUGCUAGAUUGAAGCAACGGGGUGGAGGGUUCGAUCCUCCGCUUAUCGUUGUUCUCCUGCCCAAUGGCAAGAAGAGUGAACCCGAGCUGUACUCAGAUGUCAAAUGGUGGGGAGAUUGUGUCUGUGGCAUACCGACUGUCUGUGUUAGCAGAGAUGGUGUUGAUAGAGGUGCUAGACCUGAUUUGGGCUUGUUGGCAAACAUUGCUCUUAAGAUAAAUUUCAAGCUAGGAGGUAUAAAUCAUAGAAUAUCGAAUUUACCGCUACGAGAUCGGACAAUGAUCAUGGGUGCUGACGUAACGCAUGUUGGGAAGGGCCAAGAUGACGCAUGCCCAUCUCAAGCUGGUGUCGUUGCUACCCGCGAUAGCAAUUAUGUGCAUUAUCUCGCUUCAGCACGUCUGCAACCCCAUAAUACCGAGUUCAUCGAAGACCUCCGAGGUAUGGUUGAAGAGCGACUAGAGGCUUAUUAUCAGUACAAUGGCUAUCUUCCUGCCCACAUUCUCUUUUACCGUGAUGGCGUUGGUGAAGCCCAAUACGGUAUGGUGCUUGAAGAAGAACUUCCACAAAUUCGUGCAGCGUGUGCGAGUUUAGUCGUGAGACAUGAAGGUGGUACCCCCUUGAUCACGCUCCUGGUGGUAGGAAAGCGCCAUCAUGCAAGAUUCUUCCCGGACAAUAAUAAGAUGCCGAGUAAAAAUCUUCCCUCCGGUACGGUAGUGGACAGGGGUGUUAUCGAUCCCAAUCGCACCAACUUUUACCUACAGAGCCAUGAUAGCGGACUAGGUACUGCGAGGACAAGUCACUAUGUGUUGAUUGUUGAUGAGACCGGAUAUGGGCUUGGGCCAUUGGAAACGAUCACAAACCUUAUCUGCUUUACGGGAUCUCGUGCUACAAAGGGUCUCUCGGUCUGCACACCAGCGAAUUAUGCAGAUAUCUUGUGCACUCGCCUCCGUUGUUACAUGUUUCCUGCUUUGCAAAGACGAAUGGGAAAUGUUCUGGUUAACGCGACGGUCCCUCGGUAUCGACAGAACGCCACAAUCUGGAACAGUCCCGCUGGUAAUCCAUGGCAUCGUAAUGCAAAUAACAUAAUGUUUUAUCUUUGA